CAACUGUCAAGACAUUUCGAAACAUUGUUUUGCAUUAGGGAAUUUAUUCAUAAACUUCCAGAAGAAUACCCAUUAAAUCCAGAAGAGAACUAGGAAUGAAACUUUUCGCUUCUGCAUGUAGCUCAGAAGACCAUUCCGCAGGAGGUUGAAUUCCAGAUGUACCUGCAUGGUGUCAAGUCUGAAAAUGGAGAGAUUGCAUGCACUUGGCUGCUGAGGAUGAAUGUGGCAACAGAAAUGAGAGUUUAUCUGGUCGAGCGUUUGCUCCUGUAUCUAAAUUCUCAGGUCGUGAGUGAGUGACUGUCUACGCACAGGCAGUUCUGCAUUGCUGGAACAGAUCUUAUUGGUAAUAGGGUUUCGAUUCUUAGGACCUUGAAGCUGAUAAUGGACUGCCUCGUACUUUCGCCCUUCAAGUCUGAGAUUCAGCUAUUACCAUUUCCAGCUACACGCAACAGCUAUAUCAACUCAGAUCGUAAUUCUGGUCAAGUGCACAAUGUCGCUGGACGCUACAUCCAUUUCAGAUUCGAGAUAUUCGAAGUUCAUGACAAAUAACCACGACGGCAGCCGGACCGAUGCCACUCAAAAAGUGCUGGAAUGAUGCAUGAACCCUUUACAAAAUUUUCUCAUUAUAGUCAGCAAUCAUCGAAGGGAGUUGGAAGUGAUAUCAGAAUUGACAGAAGGUUCAAGAACCUUCCACGAGCAGCCUUACUUGGCGAAAAGCGUUUGCUCGGAUUCAUGAUUCAUAGUGACAGCUUCAGGGUCCUUCGUAACAGUUCAGCAUGCUCCACGAUACAGUUCCAGUGCUCCAGUUGAUUGCAAUUGUGAUCCGGACUUCCCACGCAUUCUAUAGUUGACUGUCUACGACGGCCGUCAUGUGCUUGGGAAUUGUUUGGUCCCUUCUCAUUGUCAAGAUGAUUUCAUUCAACGCACUGGCCAAGAAUUUGAGACUGCCUCCACUUUUCAUGAGUAUGCUGGAAGUAGAUAAAGUUACAUCCCGCCAGUAGAUCGAGCUUUGCACUCCAAAUGAUUAUCUGCCAGAAUCUAUCCGUGAGUGAUAGAUUGAAAGACAGAAUUGUCAGAGUCCAAAUAACCUGUUGAUAGUUCGCAGAUUGAGUGAUCCUUUCUUCCGCCAAUCUUCAAGCUAGAGAGAGACAUGCAUGCUUUGCAUGCUACAUCACAUUUUGGAUCGAGUCAUCAACGAAGGAGAAUAACAUCCCA